AUGUCUUUCUUUCGUAGAUCAUUCUUGCUUACUUUCCUUCCUUCCUUCCUUCCUUCCUUCCUUCCUUCCGUUCCAUUCUUUUCUUUUAUUUCUUUUCUCAUUUCCUUCUUUCUUCUCUUCAUUUUGAUUCUUACGCCAUUAUUGCCUUCUUUGUCUAUCUUUCUUUCUUCCUUUCAAAUCUUUUCUCUUCCUACAUUUCUCAUUUCUUCCUUUCUUUAUUUCAUUUUCCUUCUUGCGCCAUUAUUGCCUUCUCCUUCCUUCCUUCCUUCCUUCCUUCCUUCCUUCCUUCCUUCCUUCCUUCCCACUCUUUCACCUCCCUUAUUUUUUCAUUUUCUUUCACUUUCCUUCUUACGCAGUUCUGUCCCUGUUUCCUUCCUUCCUUCUUUCCUAUGUCCUUCCCUCCUUCACACUCUUUCAUCUCCCGAUUUUCUUCACUUUGUUCUUGCUUUCCUUCGUUCGUUCGUUCGUUCGUUCGUUCCUUCCUUCCUUCGUCCAUUCAUUCAUUCAUUCUAUUUUCCCAACCUUCUUUCCUAUUUUUUCUAUCCAUUUUUUCCCCACUUUCUUAUUUCUUUCCUUUACUUUUUCUCUUAA